CAAGAGUGCAUUUUCCGGCAGGCGUAUAAGAAAGGGAAAAGAGUCCAUUGGCAAAUGAUGGUUGUCGGCUUUGUUCCAAAUGAGUAUCUGACUAUUAAGUUGUUAAUUUUGUAUGCAAAAGCAGGAGACUUGGAUACCGCACACAUUAUAUUUGAUAAGUUGCAAUUCAAAUGCCUGGUUUCAUGGAAUGCUAUGAUUGCAGGAUACGUGCAGAAGGGUAUGGAGGAAAUAGGCCUGAGUCUCUACCAUAAUAUGAAACAAAGAGGUGUACUUCCAGAUCAGUACACAUUUGCAUCAGUCUUUAGAGCCUGUGCCUCUUUAGCAGUCCUGGAGCAGGGCAAGCAAGCACAUGCGCUGUUGAUUAAAAGCCAAAUUAGUGGAAAUAUUGUAGUUAAUAGUGCACUUAUGGACAUGUAUUUCAAGUGUAGUUGUCCAUCUGAUGGCUAUCUUGUGUUUUGUAAGUCCUUGGAAAGGAAUGUGAUAACAUGGACUGCUUUGAUAUCUGGGUAUGGACAAAAUGGAAGAAUAAAAGAUGUUCUGGAAUCAUUUCAUAGGAUGAUAGAUGAAGGAUUUAGGCCAAACCAUAUUACAUUUCUUGCUGUUCUUUCUGCUUGUAGCCAUGGGGGUUUGGUAGAUAGAGGUAAGGAGUAUUUUUCAUUGAUGAUGAGAGAUUAUGGGCUUCGACCAAGAGGAAAACACUAUGCAGCUAUUGUGGAUCUCCUAGGCCGUGCUGGAAGAUUACAAGAGGCUCAUGAGUUUGUCCAAAACUCGCGUUGCGGGGAGCACCCAGUAUUAUGGGGUGCCUUACUUGGGGCUUGUUUAUGGAACAACGUUGCAGAGGUAAGGAGACUGAUGAAGGACUCGGGGGUGAAAAAGGAAAGUGUGGCAAUUAUAAAAUCGGACAAGGAUACAAGAUAUGGGUUGGAUUCCAUUGUGACACAUGAUGGGGACAGAUUGCCAUGCUGGCCUUUAGCUAAUCUAUCGUCAUUCAAACAGAGAUGUGGUUCUGAAGCAUACAGUAAGUUAGAGGUCAUUGGCAUUGACGAAGCUCAGUUUUUUGAGGAUCUAUAUGAUUUCUGCACAGAAGCUGCUGACCAUGAUGGCAAGAUUGUGAUAGUUGCUGGGUUGGAUGGUGACUAUCUGAGAAGAAGCUUUGGUUCAGUUCUUGACAUAAUACCAAUUGCUGAUACUGUGACCAAACUAACUUCCCGAUGUGAACUUUGUGGUAAACGUGCUUCUUUUACCUUGAGGAAGACAGGGGAGACGAGAACCGAGUUGAUUGCAGGAGCAGACGUAUAUAUGCCUGUGUGCCGAAAGCACUACGUGAGUGGACAAGUUGUCAAAGAGGCUACUAGAAGUGUUCUGGAUUCUCAGAAAGUUCAAUGCAGCUCUGUUUUGUAAUUGUCUUGUAUUGUUACCUGGGAUGGUAAUAUAUCAGCAGCACUUGUCUUUGCAAUAUAGUAGGGAUACUGAUGCCACUUUCCUAUGUAGUUUAUUGGCCAUUUGCUUAGAUAUGUUAACCGACUAUUGUACUCCGAUCUGUCCAAGCCUUUGUGGACAGAGUUAUCCGGUAGUUGUGCUAAUGGGAGGUAGCUAGUAUAUUAUGAAAUUAUCAAGGUGCGGGCAAGUUACAUUUUUUUACUA